CGUCAGCUGUCAGUGGAAGCUAGCAUCGGUGCUAUCGUCCUCGUCGCGGUUUUGUUUAAAGAAAAUAAAUUUUUAUCCCAUUGUUUCAACAUUUUCUGGUACCGGGUUUAAAAGAUAACAAAUAAAACAGACCAGCAAACUCGUUUUUCCCAGUGCAUAACGCCUUUUCGUUCAACUAGUCGUAAACGGUGCAGCUAAAGUUGACUAGCUUGUUGUUAGGAAUGUGCACUGCACUCGUUAUUGUCGCUAUUCUUUUUUGGGGGGAAGUCAUUGUUCCAACUGGAGGAAAGUUGUGUUGCGUGCGAUCAAUGAGAAGUGCCUGAAAUUAACUGAUAUUAUUAAAUGCUUUUGAAUAUGCUUUCUUAUACUAAUAUAUUCGGGCCAGAAUUGUUUGGCCUUAUAUACUUUAAGUCAUCUUAAAUUAUCGUGAACAGCGGUAUCAGAUCUAUUUUGAAUUUGGGAUUUACCACGCAUGUGAUACAUUUAAAAACAGGCGAAAUUUUAAUUCGAUUAUCAUGGAUAAGAAAUCAUUUGACAUAGUCUUGGAUGAAAUAAAGAAGUGUGUCCUGACUGAUCAACGGAUUAAAGCCAUUGAGCAGGUUCAUGGAUACUUUUCCAGCGAACAGGUCAUGGACAUAUUGAAAUACUUCUCUUGGGCAGAACCACAAAUUAAAGCAGUAAAAGCUCUGCAGCAUAAAAUGGUUGCAAUCCCCACCACCAAAGUUGCCAACAUUCUGAAUUGCUUCACAUUUUCAAAGGACAGACUUAUUGUCUUGGAGCUGAUCGCUUUGAACAUUUCAGAUGCCCACAAUUACCGUCCUGUGGAAGAUAUGUUUCGCAUACACUUGUCGGAGAAGAAGCGCGCACGCAGGAUCCUGGAGCAGGUAUGUAAAGUUGGUUGCAAGGCUCCUGUAGCCAUGAUCUCAUCCUGCGGUAUGAUACCAGGAAAUCCAUAUCCAAAAGGCAGACCCAGUCUAGUUACUGGCACAUUCCCAGGAAUCCCUCCAAUAAAGAAAGAAGGAGAGAAGAAAGAUGACACUUCUAACAGUAUGGAGGGGAAAGGGAUUGCUGCUCGAAUAAUCGGACCCUCCAAACCUUUCCCUUCAAGCUACAAUCCCCAUCGGCCCGUGCCCUACCCCAUACCUCCGUGCAGACCCCAUUCUACCAUUGCACCAAGUGCGUAUAACAACGCCGGCCUUGUUUCUAUGGGAGGGGUCAUAACGGCCAAUGUGCCCCCUCCCCCAUACAACUCUGCCCACAAACUAGCAGGCUACGCCAAACCAGGCAAUCCCCAGAACAAGACACCAGGAGUCAACAGCGUGCCGCUGCUAAUUCCUCAUGGCUCCACCCCGUCCACCCCAGCCCCACCGCAGGCCUCCCCUUCUCAGCCACCCCCUACAACUCCCAUCACACCUGUUUUUCCCGGCAUGGUGCCCUCUCACCACUCUCCGUCACACGCUCCGUCACCAUCUGUCAUUAAAGCAGGUCCGCAGACCCCUACACCAUCUUCUGUCAUAAAAGCCCACACCCCCUCAGGUACCCCUUGUGGAACUCCUGUUCUUGGCAGUGGGGGCUUCUCCCCUUCGCCUUUCCAUUCUCAUUCUCAACCAGGCACCCCGGCCACCUCCCGCGGCGGCGCCGAUGUCCUGUCUCAGAUGAACUCCAUGGGAUCAAAUCAGCAGAGGCCUUUUUCCCAGUCUACAGACCACCCUUUUCAGAGUGUACAACCACAAGCAGGUAACCACUCUGGCUCAGUGAUCCGUAGCUACACCCCCUCUGAAACGCCAUCUAAUGCCGCUGGGUCCUCCACUCCAGUGGUUCCGAGUUGUUCCACCCCAGGCCCCAGCCCCAAACCCUCCCCUGCCCACUCUGCCCAGGCUCAGGCGGCCAUGGGCCCGCCUGGACUCCUUCAGCACGAGCAGCAACGUGCAGCCAUCAGUAGACACAGUGGGGGUGGCGGCAGUGGCAGUAACAGCCCCGUGCCCUCCGCUUUCAAGGGGACAUCUCGCUCUAGCACGCCGUCUCUUAGCCCUCUGGUGGUACCGGGUUCAGCCCAGGCUGCACUGGCCCGUUCCCUGGGGCUCUCGCACCCCCCAGGCUCUCCUCAAGUCUCCCUCGCCAGUCCCGUCGCCAUCAGCGGCCUCCAGGCUUUGUCUGCCAGCCCAGGACCACCUCACUAUCCUGGGCUGUCCUCUUUCCCUGCUCUUUCCUCCUCCCUCCCUCCUACCUCCAUCUCCUCAUCAAGCAACAUCUCAAACCCUUCCCCCAACUCCAUCUUCCACAGCCUGGCUCCCAAUGCUGCACCUAGUGCGGCAUCUCCUUUCAGCCUAGCCCUCACCUCUGCUCCCUCUGUAUUCCCAGGCCUUCCGCCUGGUGCAAGCCCCGCUGCUUUCACAGGUUUGGGAGUUUCAGGAGGGCACGGUGCAGGGAGCCCCGUGUUGCCUUCAUUCAUGGGAUUACCAGGAGCCUCAACGUCCUCCAUUGCGUCGGUCGCACCAAUGCAAGCGGCUGUAGCGGCGGCGGCAGCGGCAGCCGGUGUUCCAGCAUCAUCUCCGGUUUUACCCGGUUUUGCAUCUGCCUUCAGCUCCAACUUCCAGCCUGGUUUGAGCGGCGGCCUCCAAGCUCCAGCAAGCAGCGCCUUCCCGGGCCUGCUGUCCUUUCCAGGUGUCCCAGGCUUUUCUUCCGCUGCCUCCCCUGCCGCUCUCAGUAACCUCCACAAUCCAGCCAUGCAGCCUGCCGUGCUGCAGGCUCAUCCAACAUCCGCUUUGGAGGGCUUACCUCCUCAACCCAACGUGUUCACCAACUACUCCGCAGGCCCAGGAAACCCCUUCCCCCUCCAGCCGGGCCUGCACCCCCAGUUGGGUUGGCAGUGAUACCUGCCUUAAUUUUGGCUCUGUUCGUCUCCUGUGAUUGCAUACUGACCUCCCUUUCAAUGCCCUGUCUGGACCUUCAGCAAAUUGUUUUCGUCUCUGAACUGAAGACGCAAGACUGUGAAAUGAAAUGAGUGAACAAUAGUAUGUGUGUUAUUCAUAGUGAACAGAUGUAAAUAUCAACUUUUUUUUUGUUUUGUUUUUUUAAGUAGACUGUAAGUCCUUUAUAUGUCAGCGUUGUCUUGUCGCCAAUUUCACCAAUAUGAAUUACGGUAAGUGAAAAUGAAUUGUCUAUGGAUACAUGAUGCCAUGUAAUGACAUGACUAUUUAAUGUGGGAGUUGUUGACAACUGCUCUCAUGUUAAUACAUUGAUGAAAUCAAACACUGUAUGGGCAUGUAUUGUUAAACUGAAACAUAGCGUAUAGAGUUUUGUAGUAUUUUUUUUCAACUAUGGAGUUUUUAAAUUCUUAUUUCAGUGAGUGAAACUUAUUCGCUGCUGUCACAAGUACUUUUUGAUUCAAAGUAUUAUACCUUUUACUGUCCCUUGAUUUACAUUUUAAUACCUACUGUUACUUUCAGGGAUGUUGUCCUUUUGUUAGUCUUUUUCGUUUCACCGGAUAUGAAUUUCUUUUAUUACUUUAGUCAGUAAACCAACUGGUGCUGUAACUUCUGCUCUAUUUGUGUUAUGCCGUGUUACAACUGUGCCAAGCCCCUUCAAUGAAAUGAGGUGGACUGAAUAAAUGGAAGUCACUGAUGGUAUAGUGGUACACUCCCGUGACUUUGAUGCGG